AUGAAUGAACAAAUGAGUUUACCUCCUAAGUUACGUCUCAAAAGUGGAGCACUAAUCAGAUAUUUCAAUGAUUCAAUGGAAGGUACUCAAUUAUUAUAUAAAAACAAUCAAGAUUUUCUUUCAUUAUUUGCUAAUGAUCGUUCUGUAUUACUUAACAAUACAAUAAAAUAUAUAACAGCUCUUUCAACAAAUUUUAUUUAUCAUUUGAUUGGAUUAUUAAGUUAUCCUGCUUUUUAUAAUACUGUUGCACUCAUUACUCAUCCAUCUGUAGAACCUGCUGCUAAAUGUUUAGCGAAAACAAUUCAGUUUGAUAUAAUUGUAAUGAAAUUAUUUCUUGUUAUUGUUUCUUUUUCAACUAUAAAUUAUACCACUUAUUCAAAUAUACCUCCAAUAAAUGUAUUAAAUAUCAAACAAGUUCUAGAUAUUCAAGAUAAAUAUAUUGAAUUAUUAUGGAGAUAUUUAUUAUACAAAUACAAUUAUGCACAAGCUGUUAUAUGUUGUUUGAAUAUGAUAAGAUGUUUAUUUGUUGUUACGGAGGGAAUUUCUAAAUCAGACAAUUUGCAAUUCUUCAACGACAAAGUGAAGCAUCUUAUUGAAGAAACUGAACAAAGUCUUAAUCGUAAUGAUUAA